AUGGUGGAGGCGAGAGGGAAGAGUGCCAGGAAUACAGCUUUGGAUUCCUGGGAGCCACUACCUAAGCAAGGCUGCAAGGGAACAUCUUGUCCUCUUGGUUUGAACCUCAUUAAUAUCCACUGCAAGAAUGAGGCUGUGUAUCAGUACCAUGUCACUUACACUCCCAACGUUGAGUGCCGUAGCAUGCGAUUUGGAAUGCUGAAGGAUCAUCGCUCUGUGACAGGAGAAGUAACUGCCUUUGAUGGCUCCAUCUUAUACCUUCCUAUAAAGUUGGCAGAGGUGGUGGAACUGGAGAGUGAACGCCGAACUGACGGGCAAAAGAUAAAAAUCACCAUUCAGAUGACUAAGAUCCUUGACCCUAGUUCAGAUCUCUGCAUCUCUUUUUACAAUAUUGUGAUCCGAAGAGUGAUGCGAAUCCUAGAUAUGAAAUUGGUUGGGAGGAAUUUCUUUGACCCUUCAUGUGCUACAGUGCUGCAGCAGUAUAGGCUACAGGUGUGGCCAGGAUUUGUGGCCAGUAUACGUAGAACAGAUGGGGGUCUUUUCCUUUUAGCAGACAUCACUCACAAGAUAAUCCGCAAUGAUUCUGUUUUGGACAUCAUGCAUGCUUUGUAUCAAGAGAACAGAGCAAACUUUCAAGAUGAAAUGUCCAAGGAGCUGAUUGGCAACAUCAUAAUUACCAGAUACAACAAUCGCACCUAUCGGAUUGAUGACAUUGAAUGGAACAAAAGCCCUAAGGAUACCUUUACCAUGGGUGAUGGUACCACUAUCAGUUUCAUAGAAUAUUACAGUAAGAACUAUGGUAUCACUAUAAAAGAAGAGGACCAGCCACUUCUUGUCCAUAGGCCUAAUGAGAGGAAGGCUGCACAGAAUAAGUUUCAAGGUAUAGUACUACUGCUUCCUGAACUUUCUUUCAUGACUGGUAUUCCUGAGAAAAUGAGAAAAGAUUUUCGAGCCAUGAAGACUCUGACACAGCAGAUUCAUCUGUCCCCAGAGCAGCAUCACUCUUCCAUGGGGAAGCUGCUAAAUAGAAUUGAGACUAAUGAAAGAGCACAAACUGAAUUGAACCGCUGGGGCCUUCAACUUGAUUCUGAUGUACACACGACUGCUGGUAGGAUCCUCCCGGUGGAGAAAAUCAACCUCCGGAACCGUUCAUUUUCCCCAGGAGUCGACCUAAAUUGGACCAGGGAAGUAACCAACGAGCCUUGUAUCUCUUCAGUACCCCUACAUUAUUGGGUAAUGCUGUACCCAAAGCGUGCUUCUGGCCAAGCCCGAGAGCUUCAAAACAUGUUUUAUAAGAUUGCUGGAUCUCUUGGCAUGCAAGUAAAUCAGCCUACUAGUGUAGAGCUCAAGGAGGACCGUACAGAGUCUUAUGCAAAGAACAUCAAAUCACUGCUGGAAGGCGAGGGAAGGUUGCAGAUGUUGGUAUGUAUUAUAUCUGGAAACCGAGAUGACCUGUAUGGUAUCAUUAAGAAGCUGUGCUGUGUUCAGACACCAGUUCCAUCACAGGUAGUGAACACAAAAACCAUUUCUAAUCCCCAAAAGUUGCGGAGCAUUGUACAGAAAAUCCUUCUACAGAUAAACUGCAAGCUAGGAGGGGAGCUGUGGAGUGUGGACAUUCCAUUGAAACACCUGAUGGUAAUUGGUAUGGAUGUAUAUCAUGACCCCAGUAAGGGCAUGCGCUCUGUCCUAGGAUUUGUGGCGAGCAUCAACCACAACCAUUCCCAAUGGUACUCCCGUGUAGUCUUCCAACUUCCCCAUCAAGAGAUCAUGGACAGUUUGAAACUUUGUCUAGUGGCUGCCUUGCAGAAGUUCUAUGAGGUGAAUCACCAUCUACCAGAAAAGAUUGUGGUGUACCGAGAUGGAGUGUCAGAUGGGCAAAUUAGUACAGUUGAGAAUUACGAGAUUCCACAGCUGCAGAAAUGUUUUGAAACUUUUCAGAAUUACUCUCCUCGCAUGGUGUUCAUCAUAGUACAGAAAAGGAUUAGCACCAAUAUGUACUCUACAUGCACUGGAGAGUUUCUAACUCCUGCCCCAGGGACGAUCCUGGAUCAUACAGUGACAAACCGUGACCACAUUGAUUUCUUCUUGCUUUCCCACCACGUGAGACAAGGAUGUGGGAUCCCCACACACUACAUAUGUGUACUUAACACCGCUAAUCUGAGCCCUGACCACUUACAAAGGUUGACUUUCAAGCUGUGCCACAUAUACUGGAAUUGGCCUGGAACUAUUCGGGUACCAGCUCCUUGCAAAUAUGCACACAAACUAGCAUUUCUUUCUGGACAGUUCCUUCACCAUGAACCAUCUAUUCAGCUUUGUGACAAGCUUUUCUUCCUUUGAACAAGUCUGACUAUGAAUGCAGAUUUUACAUUCAUAAACUUCAAGCAACUUGCAUAUUUGUUCAACUUUAACCUUUUUUGUUUUUAUCAAGCUAUUGUUUGAAAUCAUGCCCAUGAUUUCUUAUCCAUGUCUCCAGAUUUAGUGUAAAUCUGUUUAUUUUUAUUGUAAUUUCUCUGUUUUGUUGUUUAAUAGUCAAUCGUAGUGAUCAUUUGACUAGUAGAGUUUCAUUCCAUAUCUAAUAUUUUGAAAACAAUGUUUUGACAGCCUAGAAUACUUCUAUAAUAUAUGGCAGUACUGGCAGGCCAGAUGUUUAUGAACCAUUUCCCACAAUACUAAGCUUGCCAUCAGACUGAAUGAACAUAAUGGGAAAAACAGGUCACAGACAUAAGGAUAACCAUCACUUAUCUAUGAUUGUAUUACAGAGUAAUGAAGCAGAUCUAUAAUCAGUGUUAAACUGAAAAUUGUAUUCAACCUAGUGUUAAAACUAAAAUAUUGCCCAAACUCCUUUGUUAGCUGACCGUAAAGCCUAUAUUUAUACUUUUCAUUGAUAUGUUAGCUCUUUAUACCUAAUAA